AUGAACAACGUCCCUUGGCAUAUCCGAGCCGCUGCACCAGAGGACGUAGGAGCAAUCAUAAAGCUCAUCGUGGAUCUAGCAAUCUACGAGAAGGCUGCUGAUCGGGUGAAAGUCACCCCUGAACUGCUCCAGAAGAAUCUCUUCGAACACAAGUAUGCACAUGCACUUCUAGCGUAUGCAGGACCCGAAGGCUCUCCAGACGCGCAGCCCGUAGGGUUUGCUCUUUACUUCUUCAACUUCUCGACGUGGACCGGAAAACCGGGCUUAUAUCUGGAGGAUCUAUAUGUAAUCCCAGAACAUCGAGGGACAGGUAUCGGCAAGGCGUUGUUUGGACAUCUAGGCAAAAUUGCGAUCGAAAAAGAUUGUGGACGUGUCGAUUGGCAAGUUCUGGAUUGGAAUCAACCUUCCAUAGACUUCUACGAGAAGGGCUUGGAGGCUAAGAUGUUGAAGGAAUGGCGAAGCAUGAGGCUUGAAGGCGACGAGAUCCAACGGUUGUUGAAGUUCCUUGCUUCGUGA